CCAUGUCACGGUGUGAACGUCUUUCUUCAGUCAAUCCCUCGAAAUGACAAACUCAGCUCUGCUACAUCCUCAUUUCGGUACCUACAGCCUUCAUGGACUUCUAAUUAGUAUAUAAGAAUCUAUUUAUUGGGGACGUAACGCUCUGCAGCCGCUGAACACGUCAUGUCACUACACCGCCGCUUGUGUAAUACCGGAGGAAACAGGUUAUUAAGUCACAAUUGGCUCAAACCGAGGGAAUGUCGUCCUGACAAACACCUCUCAACCUAAAUGGAACCGCACCCCCCCCCAGAAGAACAUGUAGAGACACUGAACCAAUGUAUCUAAGCCUGUCGUGUAAUACUGUAUGCUGAGCCGAGGUCUCUAAGCCUAUCACAUGUGAUACUAUCUGGACUGAGACUUUGAACUGCGACUGAGACUCUAAACACUAAAGACGUAAAGAAAAAGAUGGAAGCAACCAAACUGCUUCUCACACCGUUGUCCCCAUUCUAAGUGAUGUAAAGACACUUUCCUUGAUCCAUGGAUGACAUGUCUGACGAUGAGAACCUAACCUACAGAUGUAUAUUCGAUGAAGACUUCAAGUAUAUCCUGCUUCCCGUGUCUUACGCAAUUGUAUUCGUCUUCGGUUUCAUCCUCAACGUCCUUGCCCUCUACAUCUUUAUAUUUCGGAUCCGACCAUGGAAAGUGAUCAAUGUAUUUAUGUUUAACUUGGCGCUAUCGGACUUGUUGUACGUCUUGUCCUUGCCAUUGCUGGCAUAUUAUUACUCCAAAGCCAAUGACUGGCCCUUCAGUGAGCCCUUGUGUAAGUUUGUGCGUUUCCUCUUCUACACCAGUUUAUAUUGCAGCAUUCUCUUCCUACUAUGUAUCAGUAUUUACAGAUUCCUGGCUGUAUGUUUCCCCAUGAGGUUCCUACUUUGGGGCCAUAUACGAUACGCGAGGAUAGCCUCUGUGUGCAUCUGGCUUGUCGUGGUUAUCAUGCAAUCCCCUAUAUUUUACUUUGUCUCCACCAGUACAUUCGAUGACAGCACCGUGUGCCAUGACACCUCCAGCAUUGAACUUUUUGACAGCUUUGUCGUCCACAGCACUGUCAACUUGGUCACCCUCUUCUGUGUCCCCUUCACCAUCCUCAUUGUUUGCAAUUGUUACAUGAUUUAUGUUCUCAUCCAGCCAACAGAGAGUUCCACCCAGACCUCCAAGUCCAAGAAGAAGUCUGUCAAGAUGAUCAUCACAGUAAUGUUGGUCUUCAUCGUAUGUUUCUUGCCAUUUCAUGUCACCAGGACUUUGUACUAUUACUUCCGUAAAGUGAACCUUGUCCCGUGUCCGAUUUUAAGUGCAGUCAAUGUGGCCUACAAGUCAACCCGACCUCUGGCCAGCGUCAACAGCUGCAUUGACCCAGUAUUGUACUUUCUGGUUUGGAGGUUUAGGUUAAGGCCAAGCAGGUCUUAACAGAGGCGGAAGCUAUUUAUGAACUGAUCUAAGUAAUUAUGUAAUGUUAUUAUAUAUUGUUAUUAUGUAAAGUGGUUUAUUAUGCUUUUAAUACAUUCAAUAACCUGAGAUGCUUGGGACUCCAAGAUAACUUGUCGACAACAUACACCAUUGGUAAUUGCAACUUCAUCUAAACAAGCAAAAAUCCCAAUUCAUUUGAGUUGAAAACCUUUAAACUUUAGUGAAAAACAAGAUUGUGUAAGAAAAAUGAAUCAAUGACAAAUGUGAAUGUUUAACUGGUUACGGCCAUGUCACCAAAAUUACAUUUGGUCAGUAUUUCCUGCUCUUUCUAUCUAUCUAUCUAUCUAUCUAU